AACAAGCCGAAAACCGAAAACUGCAGGCUGGCUGACACUCGGGAGAAAGUAAAAAAAAUAUUCUAGCAGGAAAUACACCGAGUGGAGUCAAUGGGAUUUCAAUGAAUUGAUGGCGGAGGUGCACAUAGUUGGACAGAUAUUGAAAGCAGUUGACUUUGCCGAACCGCACCUGUACUGCAAGUGGAGCCUGCAGAGCGGAAACGCCUGGCGUUUGAUCCAGGGCGAGGUGCAGGGCCAGAGUCCCGUGGCAUCGCACCGUCUGCAGAACUGCUCGGACUUCGCCCAGCCCCUGGACAUCCACCUGGCCUCCGCCUCCGUCCAAGGCUGGCCCCGUCUGCUGGUGGAGGUGUACGCCGUGAACGUCCUGCAGCAGUCCUGGCCCGUCGGCUACGGCUUCGUGCACGUCCCGUCCACGCCCGGAUCGCAUCGCCUGGAGAUCAGCACCUGGAAGGUUGCGCCCAACGGCCUGUGGCAGUCGCUCCGCGAGCGGUUCGGAGGCGGGGGAGCGUCCCUGAGCAAGACGGAUCUCCUCUACUCGGGCGUUGAGCGUUACAAGCUGCAAACCCUGAGUUCGGGAAAAGUCAUCGUUGAACUGAACCUUAUUUUUCGAAAGUUCGAGGAGUACGGCGUGGAGUUCAAGUAGUCAUGGGCGUGUUUUCACUCCUCAUCGUGCUGUGCUUGGCCACUCA